GACGCGUCGGCUGGAGGAGCCGCUCUGCCUCGCUGAGAGAAGGGGCCUCUAUGCAGUGGUUGUGACCCCCCCCCCACUCCUUGUUCAGCCAACCUUGAGUGGAUUCUGUCCUCUGCUACAGUGAGAUUCUCCCCCCCCCCACAUACCUACACAAAGGUAAGAGAUUUUAACAGUUAAGGUAAAAUACCAGCCUCCGUUUAUGUUUUUAUAUGUAUUUUAGCUCUGGUUUUAAUGUUGUGGGGUUUUUUUACUGGUUUUAAUGGAUUUUACUGUGUAUAUUUUUAAUUUGUUAGUGCCUUGGUGGCCCUUGUGAAGGCAGAAAGGCACAGUAUAAAUUUGGUAAAAUAAAAUAAUUCCUUCUGGAGUGGAGUAGUUGCACUGAGUACAGAAGAGCAACCUCAAUAUUUUUAUUGAAAAGGAGUAACUUCAGCCACCCUGAGGGCUAGACGCUUAAGUUUCAAAGAUAUGAAGCCAACUUCUUUAAAACGUUUCCUUGAUGGAAUAGCAAAAAAUAAGGAAGCAGUUUAUUUUGACUUUUUGAACUCUUAUGAUCAGUAAAGGGGGGCGGGUGUCUGCUGCCUUCCCCCUUUCUCAAACUCAUAGUAUUUGAUCAACUUUGAUCUCUUUUUUUUCCCAACGGGUAGUGGAUGGGUCAGGCAUGCAAACUGGCUCUGUCCCUCUGCCUUGUGGUAGAGGUUCCAGUCUCACCCAGUUGGUGGCCCAGGAUCUCUGCCCACACCCUGGAUUCUGCGGUCUGAAGAGAAAAAUGUUUUUAUGAGUAGAGAUAAUUGCUUUGAUGGAGAAAAAGAGAGACAAAUCUGACUGGAAACAGGAUGUGUCUCCGGGAUCCCAAGAUUUGCAUUUAUUUUUAACCCAAACGUCCUCCGAGGCAUCCUGGGAGUGACUUACAGCAUUCCCUUGUCCAUUUUUGUCCUCACAACAUCCCUGCGAGGACUGCCUGGCCUGUGGUCACCCAGUUAGCUUUAUAUCUCAGUGGGGAUUUGAACGCACAUCUUUUCAAUCCAGUACUCUAACCAUUACAUCAGACUGGCUCUUGGUGGUCUCUCCUUCUACGAAUGGAUUUUGUUUUUUAAACUAUCAAUUCUUUUUAGAGUGUUGCAGUAGGGACUGGAAGACCAGGUUCGAAUCCCUGCUCAGCUUUCUGAGUGACUUUAGGACAGUCACACUCUCAGUUUAACCUACCACACAGGGUUGUUGUUGUGAGAAUAAAAUGGAGGAAGGGAGAAUGAUGCUGUAAUCCUCUUUGAGGAGAAAAGCAGAGUAUAAAUAUCUUGAGGGAUUCCAUUCCGGUGAGCUAAGAGUGCACUUCCCUUGUAUACUCUCAAGCUCAUUCAUUCUAAUCUCAGAGCAAUUAGGGCUGGCAAUGGGGCGCCAGGCUGCAUUGGGGAGGGGGGUUGCUUUGAUGCUUUUCAUUCUUUUGCAGCUGGGCUUCUGACCCCUCCCUUUUCAAAUUGCUCAUGGCAUUAAAGGCAGAACGUCCCCUGCUGGAUUACAUUGAGGUAUCUCUGAAGUGCAAAAGAGAGGAAGAGAAAAUGGUUGCUGAUCGUCUUGUCCCAGUCCGGGACCCCGUUAUCCAGGAUGGAGCCAACACGGGCCUUACGGGCAGAGGGGAGCAGUCCGUUCCAAACUUGGCGACCGGGGACAGUCAAGCUAAGCCAGGCAGCUCCUGGAGAGAGGAGUACCUGAUAGCCAAAAGCGCGGGACACGGCCAGCCCCUGUGCAUGGUGUGUGGCGGAGUCCUGAGUGCCUCCACUCCUGCAGUGGCGCGGGAGCACAUUCUGCAGCAUCACGCCCACUCCUUGGACUUCAGCCCGGAAGAGAAGCAAAACAUCCUGGAGGCCUGGAGCGAAGGAGUAACGCUCGUGGAUGGAGGAAUGCAGCCUGCCCCUGAAGACAACUGCAGGAAGCAAGAGGAGCCGGCAGAGAUCGAAGUGUCCAUCGAUUCAGAGGAGCAGCCAGCAAGUCGGAAGCACGGGCCGCUGAAAACACGCUGUGAGACGGUACGCUCAGAUGCUGGACAGCGAGCACAAGUUCUGCGAAGGCCGCACAACUCAGACAAUGCCAAAGACGUCCGGAACGAACAGCUUGGCAAGGUCACAGGGAAAGAGUGGCCGUCAGAAUGUGGGGUCCCGGGUUCAGCGCCCGCCGAAAUACGGAUCUUCACCGACGGCAGCUUCCCUGCUGGCUUUGCCUUAAAGCUGUACUGCCGGACUCAGCCAGAACCACCCCAGGACUCAGGAGCAAAGCCGGCUACCAAGAAGAGAACGGGGGAUAAGCCUUAUCGCGACUGCUCCGUCUCUUUGCUGCGGCUUCACUCCACGGACUCUUCCCUCCAUCUAGGCCUGAGGCAGCCCGACACCCCACGCCCCCUCAGCAACUCCAUCGCCCGUGGCAACGUCAAAGACUGUGGUGCCAAACCAGGCCAACGAAAAGCCCCGGAGGCCAAGGGGGAUCCCUCACUCCUGGCCAAGAGCUUCGACCCUGCCUGGCGAGCCCGCUUCCUCAUGGACUUCGACGCGGUCACCGGCCGGCUGGUGUGCAUGGUUUGUGAGAAUGCCCUGCGCCAAGUGUGCCUGGCUACUGUCAAGCAGCACAUCCUCCAGUGCCAUGCCGAGACCCUCCACCUGCCCCGCGAGGUCCGCCGCACUAUCCGGGAAGUCUGGGAGUCCCGGGCACAGUCUCCCACUCCAACCCUGAGGAAAUGAAGGGCCGAUCAGACUCUUUCCUACCCCGCCGGCCUCUGGGAUGUGGGGAAAGGAAUUGGCUAUCCCAAAUACUACAGUUUGAGGGCUGGAGGGGGAGGUGACGCCACCCGCCGUUAAACUGGGUGGACAAACUUUUUGGAUUCCUAUGAAGCUGUCGGGUUUCCCGCACGUAGGUUUCCAGGUUCUCUCUAUCUCUCUCUUUUUUUUUUAAUCGCUGCAGAAUUAUGAGAUGAGGCAGUAGCGGCUUCCCUUAUCCCUUUUUUUCACCCCGUGUUCUCCCCCCCCCCCCGCCCUUCCUCCCCUUGUUCUUCUAGUCCAGUAGACAGGGCAAGUCCUGCCGCCUGGAGAAGCCAGACCUGCCUCAUAGCCCACGUGGAGGCGAAUUUAAAACCACGGGUGAAUUUCUUUGCUCUGUGCUUCGGCCCCCCUCGCCUCAAUCUGAAAAAUUCAUUGUGCUUCUGUGUCUCCUGGGAACAAGAAAGCAGGCCGAGGGGCUGAGGCCAGCGCCGGUUAAGAGUGGCCUUUCGAGCCGUUUUGUCAUAACCCGCCGGUUUAGCAAACGUCCCGCAGGGAGAGUCGGCCAGUGGUUCCCAUUCUCCUGCAUCAAGCAAUAACCAAUCUCUUGCACUGGCAAUAAUCGAGCUCUCUUUUGUCUUCCCUUCCCCAAUGUUCCACUGAUCCCACAGCUAGCGCCACGCACCAUUUUGUAGCCGUGACUGGGCACCGUGUUUUGUGUCCAACUGUGAACCUUCCUUUCGUAGACCCUUCACCGGGCUGACUUGUACUAAGCGGACAAUAAAUUAUUUUUUAUGAUA